GAGCGGCGGCGGCGGCCCGGCGCGAAGAUGGCGGACGUGCUGAGCGUGCUGCGGCAGUACAACACGCAGAAGAAGGAGAUCGUGGUGAAGGGGGACGAGGUGAUCUUCGGCGAGUUCUCCUGGCCCAAGAACGUCAAGACCAACUAUGUCAUCUGGGGGACAGGAAAAGAGGGCCAGCCCAGGGAAUACUACACUUUGGACUCUAUCUUGUUCCUGCUGAAUAAUGUGCACCUUUCACAUCCUGUUUACGUCCGGCGUGCUGCAACUGAAAACAUUCCUGUGGUAAGAAGACCUGACAGAAAAGAUCUACUUGCAUACCUAAAUGGGGAAACAUCAACGUCAUCAAGUAUAGACAGAAGUGCACCACUUGAAAUUGGUCUUCAGCGAUCCACUCAAGUUAAAAGAGCGGCAGAUGAAAUAUUAGCAGAAGCAAAGAAACCAAGAAUAGAGGAUGAAGAGUGUGUGCGUCUUGACAAGGAGCGACUGGCAGCUCGAUUGGAGGGGCAUAAAGAAGGUAUUGUGCAGACAGAGCAGAUCAGAUCCUUGUCUGAAGCCAUGUCUGUGGAAAAAAUUGCUGCUAUCAAAGCAAAAAUCAUGGCAAAGAAAAGAUCUACAAUCAAGACAGAUCUGGAUGAUGACAUAACUGCUCUUAAACAAAGAAGUUUUGUUGAUGCGGAGGUAGAUGUAACCAGAGACAUUGUCAGCAGGGAGAGAGUGUGGAGGACAAGAACUACCAUUUUACAAAGCACAGGCAAGAACUUUGCCAAGAAUAUUUUUGCGAUUCUUCAGUCAGUAAAAGCCAGAGAAGAAGGUCGUGCACCUGAACAGAGACCUGCACCAAAUACAGCGCCAGCGGAUCCCACUUUACGGACUAAGCAGUCUAUUCCAGCUGCCUACAACAGAUAUGAUCAGGAAAGAUUUAAAGGAAAGGAAGAGACGGAAGGCUUCAAAAUUGACACUAUGGGAACCUACCAUGGAAUGACUUUGAAGUCUGUAACGGAAGGUGCUUCUGCCCGGAAAACUCAAACUCCAGCAGCGCAGCCUGUGCCAAGACCAGUUUCCCAAGCAAGACCACCUCCAAACCAGAAAAAAGGAUCUCGAACUCCCAUAAUCAUUAUUCCAGCGGCUACAACUUCUUUAAUAACUAUGCUUAAUGCGAAAGACCUUCUGCAGGAUUUAAAGUUUGUGCCAUCAGAUGAAAAGAAAAAACAAGGCUGUCAGCGAGAAAAUGAAACUUUAAUACAGAGAAGGAAGGACCAGAUGCAGCCUGGGGGCACAACAGUCAGCGUUACUGUACCUUAUCGAGUGGUAGACCAGCCUCUGAAACUUAUGCCUCAAGAUUGGGAUCGUGUAGUCGCAGUGUUUGUGCAGGGUCCUGCUUGGCAGUUCAAAGGCUGGCCAUGGCUAUUGCCUGAUGGAUCGCCUGUUGAUAUUUUUGCAAAAAUUAAAGCUUUCCAUCUCAAGUAUGAUGAAGUGCGUCUAGAUCCAAAUGUACAGAAAUGGGAUGUAACAGUAUUAGAAUUAAGCUAUCACAAACGGCACUUGGACAGACCAGUAUUCCUACGUUUCUGGGAAACUUUGGACAGGUACAUGGUAAAGCACAAAUCCCAUUUGAGAUUCUGAAUCCUCUGGCUGCCAUUCAUUUUGUGGAGUGUGAUUGAGAAAUAUGAAAGAUGCUCCAGUCUGGAGACUAAGGCUCUCACUGUAUGCAUUUGUCAGGAACUUUACAAAUGAAGAAAGGGUCACAGUUUAAUCUUUUAUAAGAUCUUGUUUGGAUGCUUCGUGUUAUGGCAGGUUGAUACUUGCUGUUAUUACAAGCAAAAGUGUUUUGCUUAAAACUAUUUUUUUAAUAAUGUUAGCCUUCUAGCCUGCAAAUCAAAUUGUAUAUUUUGAUAGCAGCAGUUUCUUCCCCAUUUUGUUAAGUUAGGAAAAUUUUUAAACAGUAUGUUUUUUUUGUUCCUCAUUAGAAUAUAGGUUGAUCUUCACUGAAAGUUACAGUGUGUGUGUGUGUAUAUAUGUAGAGAGAGAUAUGUUGUAAGGCUUUCAGAAUGACUUUGCUUCUGAGUUUAGCUCUGGUGUCCUUUGCUUUAUUGUUUCACUUACUGAAAAUAUUUUGUUGUGAAUGGUAUUAUGUUUUAGUGUAUAGGACUUUCAAACCUAAGCAAAGUGACAAUUGUUUUGGAUAAAUCAAAAUGUCAACCUGUAUAUGUACUGUAUAUUCUGUUUUGUUGAAAAAGGGAUGAUGAAAAAUCAAGAACCACUUCUUUGGGCUUAUAAUAUUCCAGUUUAACAAACCUUUAAACUUUAUUACAAAUGCAUUCAAGUAAUGUUAACACAGAAUGUCCAUCCUCCUCACAGAUCCUUUAAUUUAAAAUUUGAAGUGUGUAUGUGUACACUACUACUUGUCAAAUACUUUAUAUAUGAGAGUCCAAACAUUGUACAGACUAAAUAAUGAAUAGAACGGGGGAGAGUUUGCUUUUCUUAAGUUACCACAUGGAAUUAAUACUUUUAAUGCCAGUACAUUAGAUAACCUCUAAUGUUUUCCCUUAUGACAAAAGUAGCCCAAACCUUGUCUCCAGGAGUUGCCAUUUUCUAAUCUGAGCAGCUAAUGCAGCCUUCCAGCAAUACUGCACUUGUACUCAAAAUGAACCUACUCCAGUUACCAAAGAACACAUUUGCUUGAUCUAGAUUGUGAGCAUCACUAAGGCAAGAAAACACUGGUAUUUGUAUGAGUUUAUGGUAACUACUUACUUUAUGACAUAAUUUAAUAUAGUAUACCAAUUGAUAUAAUAGAAUGAUUAAAUACUAUAACAUACUUUUCUGGGGUAGAAAAAAAUGUGCUUAUAUUUCUGCUCUUAAAUUCUGAACCAUGUUUCUUAUGCUUUGCAUUUGAGGUUUGACAAAAGUAAAAUAUUCUACAUAUUCAUUUUCUUUUGCUUUUAUUUCACAUUUUAUCUUCAUUUUUUAAUAUAACUGGAAGAAUAAAUAGCUCCUACAGAAGUUUUAGAACCAUACUGGCAUACCAGGACUCUGAGGUCCCAGUGGUUUUGGUGAUAUUUAACAUUUUCAUCUCAACUGUUCUAAGACUACAAUUUUUACAUUUAAAACUAGGAAAAAUAAAAACCUCUCAAUUCAAUUUUUUUCAUAGCAGUUAAAAUCCACAUCAGUA